UGAAGCGUCUCCCGUUCCUGACACGAGCUCAGUAGAAUCGCCGCCACGCCACCGCCGCCUCUCCCGGCGAAAAUCCCCACCGCCGCUCUUCCUCCACCCUUGGCGCUCCCUACUCCGUUCGCCACGUCCCCGUUUCCCGCUAAGGCCCCAACCCUAGCGGCAGAGCAGGUAGGCCGGCGGCGCCCCACGGCGCAGUCCCGGGAAGCCGGCGACCGGCGUCCGAUACUACCCGUCGCCGACGGCGGGGAGUACAGCACGAUCGAAUUUGUUCUCCAACCGACGAGGCUGAAGCGUCUCCCGUUCCUGACUACAGUACUCCUGUUGCUGCCUCCCAUCGCCAUCGAGUCGCCGCCACGCCACGUGGGCUCUCCGGGCUCCAAUCCUCCACCACCGCUCUUCCUCCUUGCGCGUGUGCUCUUAUGCCUAAUUUUGGAGGCAGUGGAGGCGACCAGGAACGAAUCAUCCAUGGUCGUCAGACUGUCUUCGUGGCAAGAAGCAAAUAUGAUGCAAAAACGUGGACCUGUGGCUGUGGGUGGGAGAAUAUUCCUAUAAGAUAUCUUUUGUUCGAUCUUCCUGCUUGGAGAUGCCGCAUUUGUUUAGCACCUUUCACAGGAAAUGUUGAUUUUUCUAUGGCUGACAUUAAGGUGAAUGAAAUUCCAUUGAUUCAGAAGAUUCAGGAUCAAGGAACUGAGCCUGAAUGCAUUGCUUAUGCAAUUGCUCACUUAAUUGAGAUAAUUCAUCGCCUUGAGUGCAUUCUCAAGAAAGAGUACCUAAGCAUUUCGGAUUCUACUGUAGAUGCUAUGGAUCUUGCUCAGAUAUACAAAGAUGAGUGUCCCAAGAUGUGUCGAAAGGUUCCGCUUUACUAUAAUGUUGGCUUGCAUAAGUUAUUGUAUCUGGCUCAACAUAUUAGGAAUCAAGGCAUCUCAUUAAUGACUGGCAAGCAGUAUAGGAUUGAGAAAAUGUCCACUAUAGAUACUGAAGACUAUGAGUGGAUGUGUGAGGAGAUUGCAGAUGGAAAUCCACUUCUCGUCAACUUCAUUCCUGGGCAGCAAUUUGGAGGUUUAGAGUACUGCAGAAUGUACAAGUCUAUUGGUCCUGCCACGUUAGCUGUAGAUACUACAAACAGGGUCUCUGGUCAUAUGGCUGUUUUGGUGGGAGGCAUAUCCAUUGGUAAUGAAAAAGGUUUCUGGGUUCUCAAUUCACACUCGGAGUUGUGGUGCCCUAGAUUCACUUCGCCAAGUAUUCCAAAAAGUCGAUGGAAUGUUUUCCCAGAUCUCACUCGGUUUUUCAGACAAAAGUCAGAGGCAAACAGAGGUGGCAUUUUCAAACUAAACAGUGAUAACAUAGUAUGGAAUGCCAUAAAAUUCUCUAGAAGUGAUGAUGCAGAACCUGUGGGUAGUAUGAUCAGAAAUGAGAAUCUGUAUACCAAGGCAAGGUACAGUGGUGAAUCUGAUGCAGCUUCAGUCUCGCCUUUUCUUUACGAUGUCAUUGUUGGCUCACACUUUGAUAGAAGAUUAAGGGCUGAUCAAAAGGAAGAAGAAACAUUGAGUCUAUUCGAUCAUCUUCCGUUUACCGACUUCCCUGCAAUGCCUUCACCACCCUGUUUUUCUCAUCGUAUCCAGGCCAAAAAGAUACUUGAGACUUUUCAGUCUCUGCCCUUCUCUUUGUACACUACAUCACCUUCCGAGGAAGAAACAUUGAGUCUGUUCAAUAAUCUUCCAUUUAGCAACUUCCCUGCAUUGCCUUCUCCACCCUGUUCUUCUCGUCGUAUCGAGGCUAAAAAGAUACUUGAGACAUUUCAGUCUCUCCCCUUCUCUUUCCACACUACAUCACCUUCCGUAAUGGCUUCUCUGCAAUGACUACAUCCUAUUUUUCCUGCUGUACCAAGCUUCCAUGUGCUACGGAUAGCUUCCAUGUGCUGACCAUAAUAUAAUCAUGACACCAGCUCCAGCAAGACGAGUCCGGGUAGCGGGUGGAGGAGAAUUGGUUUCUGAAGCCAUUGCUUACAACCACAAAUUCAUCGUUCGGGGACAUGUGCUAUCUGCUGAUUUCCGCAUCCUAGAACUUCGAGGUUCAGAUGCUAUUCUGGGAGUCAACUGGUUCAAGCUUCAUAAUCCAGUGACGUUCGACUUCAUUGAACGAACCUUAACAAUUGGGCAUGAAGGUCAAACAUAUACCUUCAAAUCAUUUGGUACCAAGAAACAAUCUGGUGAUCUCAGCAAUGGAAUGUUCCAAGUUAAUAGAGGAACAAGCCACUGGAUACAUCCUAUAUAGCAUUGAUGAUGUCAGAACAACACUCUCUGACUUGGAAACUUCAAUACCUCCAGAAGAAUUUCAGGAAAUUUUGCAGGUUUUUGCUGACGUCUUUGCUGAACCUGAAGGAUUGCCACCUCAUAGGGCCACAGAUCACUCAAUUCCUCUAUUGCCUGGAUCCAAGCCUCCUAACAUACGUCCCUACCGUAUGUCACACAACCAGAAGAAUACUAUUGAAACUAUCAUCAAGCAAAUGCUCUUGAACAGGGAAAUUCAGCCUAACAGUAGUCCUUUCUCUUCUCCAGUUAUUCUAGUCAAGAAAAAAAGACAGAAGCUGGAGACUGUGUGUGGACUUUAGAGGCCUAAAUGAUCUGACUAUCAAAAGUAAGUUUCCAAUACCUGUGAUAGAUAUCUACUUGACGAGUUGCAUGGUGCCACAGUCUUCUCCAAAUUAGAUCUUCAAUCCGGCUAUCACCAGAUCAGAAUGAAAGAAGAUAUCCCCAAAACUGCUUUCUCAACCCAUUCAGGGCACUAUGAGUACAGAGUGAUGCCGUUUGGUCUUAGCAAUGCUCCUGCAACAUUCCAAGAACUGAUGAAGUUUGUUUUGGUUUCUUCGAUGACAUUCUCGUCUACAGCAGUGACACAAUCCAACACCAGGAAGAUCUCCGAGUGAUACUGCAAAUACUUCAUGACCAUCAACUCAAAGCUAAGUUACAAAAAUGCACAUUUGGACAAGAGUCCGUUGAAUACUUGGGUCACAUCAUAUCCGGCCAACGAGUGUCAACCGAUCCAUCAAAGAUCAAAGAUAUAGUUGAAUGGAAGACACCCAAAACACUUAAAAAGCUACGUGAUUUCCUUGGUUUAACAGGAUAUUACAGGAGAUUUAUCAAAGGUUAUGCCACAGUUUGCCAACCUUUGUAUCUUGCCCUCAAGAAAGAUAAUUUUCAGCGGGGGCCUGACCAAGAAGCAGCUUUUGCAACCUUGAAACAAGUCAUGUCCAACCCUCCAUUACUGCGCCUUCCCAACUUUGCAAUACCAUUUACACUUGAAACAGAUGCUUGUAGCUCUGGUAUCGGUGCAGUCUUAAUGCAAGAAGGACGACCUAUUGCUUUCUACAGUCAGUGCCUUGGUCCAAAAACUAAUGCUCAAUCUAUAUACGAGAAGGAAGCACUUGCUAUCCUACAUGCCUUAAAGAAAUGGCGGCAUUACUUCUUAGGGAACAAGGUCGUCAUCAAAACUGAUCAGCAAGCACUCAAAUACCUGGGCAGUCAGAGAUUAUUGGAGGGAAUACAACAUAAAUUGAUGCUGAAAUUAUUGGAGUUCGAUUACAAAAUAGAGUACAAGAAAGGCAAAGAAAAUGCAGUUGCAGAUGCCCUCUCUCGACAAUUCCAAGUAGAUGAAAAUGAAGCCAAGUAUGUGAGGAAUACAACUGCUAGGGCAUUCAGUGUGGUGGCUUCUGGUUUGGGCAUCCCUGCCCUCCUCCCAUUUUUGAUGGCUGUCUGUCAGAGUAAGAAGUCCUGGUAAGCUCGGCACAAUGUUAUCAAGAUUGUUCAACAGAUUGCUAUUCUCAUGGUCUGUGUUGUUAUGCCUCGCCAUAAGAACCUAAUUGGGAUAAUUGAGCAUGGUAUAAGUGAUGAGAACCAGAAAGUAUGGAUAAUCACUGCCCUCUCUUUCUACACUUGCUGAAGCUGCUGCACUCUAUGGUAUAGGAAGUUUUGAUAGCGUGUUGAAGCCUCUCUGGAAGGUUAUCAGAUCUCACUGCGGAAAGGUCCUUGCUGCCUUCUUUAAGGCUAUUGGCUUCAUCAUCCCUCCUAUGGAUGCUCUGUAUUCCAGUUACGAUACGAAGAAGGUGAUGCAAGUUCUGAUUCAGGAAUUCCAGCCACCAGAUGAAGAGACAAAGAAUAUCGUCCUAAAUGUUGUCAAACAGUGUCAGUACAGAGGGUGUAGAGGCUUAUUUUAUCCGUAAUGACAUCCUUCCAGAACUAUUCAAACACUUCUGGUUUAGGAGAAUGGCUCUAGAUCGUAGGAACUAUAAGCAACUUGUGCAAACAACUGUAGAGAUGGCAAAUAAGGUGGCAGUUACUGGUAUGGUUGAUGAGAUUGUCCAGGAUCUGAAAGAUGAAAGUGAGCCUUACAGUAGAAUGGUGAUGGAAUUAAUUUAGAAGGUGGUAGCUAAUUUGGGUGCCUAAGAUAUUGAUCCUCGUCUAGAGGAGCUGCUUGUUGAUGACAUCCUUUAUGCUUUCCAAAAGCAGACUACUGAUUAUGCAAAUGUCAUGCCUAAUGGUUUUGGAGAUUUUGCAAAUGCACUUGGCCAGAGGGUCAAGCCUUACCUUCCUCAUAUAUGUGGUAUCAUCAAGUGGCGGUUGAACGACAAGAGUGCAAAAGUUAGGCAGCAGGCUGCCGAUUUGAUCUCAAGGAUAUCCAUUGUGAUGAAGCAGGUCAGGAGGAGCAGCUUAUUGGUCACCUUGGUGUUGUGCUGUAUGAGUGCUUGGGAGAGGAGUAUCCUGAGGUGCUGAGUUCAAUUCUCGGAGCUUUGAAAGCUAUUGUGAAUGUUAUUGCCAUGGGCAAGAUAAGAGAACUGCAUUGAUCUAGUUGGUAGGAUUGCUGAUCGUAGAGCAGAGCUAGCAGCUAGGGAGUGGAUGAGAUUUGUUUUGAGCUGCUGGAAAUGUUGAAGGCACACAAGGAGGGUAUCAGAAGAGUCACUGAACACAUUUGGUUAUGUUGCGAAGGCAAUUGGGCUGCAGGACGUGUUGACCACUCUGUUGAAUAACUUGGAGGUGCAGGAGCGACAGAACCGUGUCCGCACCACUGUAGCAUCUGCUAUUGUUGCCGAAACUUGCUUUCCUUUUACAGUUUUGCCUGCCCUCAUGAAUGAGUACCGGGUUCUAGAGCUCAAUGUCCAGAAUGGUGUUUUGAAAUCUCUCUCAUUCCUCUUUGAGUAUAUUGGUGAGAUGCGCGAAGAUUACGUAGAUGUUGUCACUCCCUUGAAGAUGCUUUAAUGGACAGGGAUCUAGUUCACAGGGAGACUGCUGCAUCUACUGUUAAACAUAUGGCUCUAGGAGUUGCUCACUUGGGCUGUGAGGAUGUUCUUGUCCAUUUGCUUAACUAUGUCUGGCGCAAUAUAUUUGAGACCUCCCGCCAUGUCAUAAAUUCUGUCAUGGAGGCCAUUGAGGGGAUGAGUAAAGAGUUGCUCUAGGUGCUGCUGUGGUUCUAAAUUAUUGUCUCGAGGGCCUUUCCCAUCCAGCAAGGAAAACGUGAAGUAUAUUGGAAGAUCUACAACUCGCUAUAUAUUGGUGCACAAGAUGCACUUGUUGCUUCUUAUUCUGCGCUAGGUGAUGAUGGGGACAAUAUCUUCAGCCGUCUAGAGCUAACCGUGUGAUCAACAUGUUGUUGGUGAGGUACGUUUAAUGGGAGUUCUGUUGGCAAGAAGAAUAUACUCCCUUCAUCUUACUGGUGGUCGAUGGUACAUGCUUGAGAAUUUCAGAUGCGGUUGCUGUGUGUCACGAGUACAUGGGUCUCCUGAAGGAGUGGUGAGGCUCUUUUGUCGAAGCCAGAUGCCGGUUACAGCGCCUUCAGACCUUGAUACCCCACAAUAGACGCUCUGAGGUUGGAGCCCUUGUCUCUUGUCUUCGGCGCACUAGUGUGACAGGACUGAUGAAGGACAUAUUAAACAUACUGAUCUUGACCUCCUGAAGGAUCUCCUGCAGGGCUGCUGUUGGGAGGCCAUUGAUGAACCUGCUGCAAUACCACCGUCCAGGACACGAUUGACUAUGUGAAGGCAGCAUGGAACAAUGUCUCUUUUGCCUACAGAGAUUGCUCGUUUUGCCAGUUAGAAAUAUUGCCUUAUUGUUUCUAUAUCAUCAAAUGAGCGCAGCUAAGGCUUGUAAGUGUGUUCAAUCCUGUCAGCUUGGAAGGAAAGAAGUGACCUCUUCUCUUAUCUGGUGACGAGAGACUGAGGGGUUCGUGUCAAAGCCCUGAACCUGCACUGUCGUUAACUGAAGACAUUCAGCUGCUGUCAACAACGCUAUUCAUCUUCAGAGGAUGGACAGUCAGGAUCAGCGGAUACCCCUUUGCUAGCAUCGGGCAGCUACGCUCCAGUUUAGGUUUCAAACUGUUGCAGACUUGGAUUCUGCCCGAAUAAUUUGUAAUUUGAACCUAUGAAAUUGCAGCUCUUCUGUUUAUUUAUUAAACCAGGGAGAGAGGGUGGUUGGGCGGUGCCAUAUGUGAAAACUCUGAUUUCCUUAUCAUGCUUUUACUUGUUCUUCCUUUAUCUAACUUUCUUUUUGUAUGGUUUUCCUUAUCAGAUUAUGAAGAGCUGCCUCUGGGACGACUUUCUUCCCUUUGCGGUUUUUCUCCACAAA